AUGGGCGUGUCCAGAGCGUGCCACUUCGGCCUGCUGGCCGUGUCGCUGGCGCUCAGCUGCGUCGGCCUCGUGCUCGUCGUGCUGCUGGCCGAGGAGAUGUCGUACCUCUUCUGCAUCCUCGGCGCCGCCAUGACGCUUCUCGCCUUCGUCCUCGUCCUCGCGCUGCUGUGGCCGCCCGUGUGCGGGCGCUCGCGCAGCACCUCGGUGCGCAAGUGGUGGGCCGGCAGCAGCGCCGGGCAGCCGCGGUACCCGCACGGCGCCUCCGACGUCGAGCUGCUGCCCUCCAAGGGCCGCAGCUCGCGGCCCGCUCCGGCGCUCGGCUACGUGCGUGCCGCCACGGUGCUGCUGCCGUGCAUCACGCUCGCCGCACUCGGCGUGCUCCUCACGCGCGCCCUGCGCCUCGACUACCGCCGCGAGGCCGUCGUGCCGGGCGCGGACCCCGAUUACGAGUGGUCGCUCGACACGCUCGGCCUGCGCGGCCUGCGCCGCUGGCACAGCCUGGCGCUGGGCCUCUCCGUCGUGACGUGGCUCAACGCCGCCGCCUGUCUGCUGGCGGCCGUGGCGUGCGUCGCGACGGUGCUGCUGGAGAAGCGCGCCCAGCGGCGCACCGACACGCAGCGCUUCCUCAAGGCGACGUCCAUCGCCGGCGCCUCGAGCACCGAGCGCGAGGCGCCGGCGCCGUACCGCGAUGCGCCGCCGUCGCCGCUGCUGCCGCCCCCGUCCUCGUCGGACCACGGCAGCCGGCACACCGGCACGCCGGCGCCGCGCCGCUCGCUGCUGGCGCCGCGCGAGAGCGACGAGGAGCGCACGACGACCGACGACGACCUCGUCAGCGCGCGCUCGCACGCCUCCAAGUCGCCUGACCACGACGACGCCGCGCCCGCCGGCCUGGCGCACCCGCUGCAGCAGCACGACGACGACGAGGUGUAUGCGGCGCGGCCGCACUCGCCCACGCUGGCCAAUGCGGCGCCGGGCCAGGCCUUCUGAACGACGCUUCCCUUUACGAUGUACG